CAAGAGUGCCCGGAUGAAGGACAUUCGCUCAUCAUAAUUUUUAUCUUGAUUGACAUUUUCACAUUGCAGCGAGAACGAAAGAUUAGCACAGAGAGAGGCCUUUGCCAUAAAUAUGGCGGACACAUCGGAGUCUGACACCACUGAAGUUCAAUCAGUGGCAGAUACCACCGUGUUUUCGGAAUAUCUCUGCAGAAUCGUCCCAGUUUUGCUCGAAGACCGGGAAUCUGCAUCUUCACACCUGAAAACUGCUUUGGUGGAGAAACCUCAUAUUGAAACCUUAAAAAAAUUUCUUGGUGACCCACAGGUGCCAGUUUUGUUAGUACAACGUUCAUCUACCAAAGAUGAAUCUGAGGAUGUGGCUGAGGGAGAUGGGGACAAUGAGGGAACUGUCGCCUAUCACAUAACAUCUACUGUCAAGUUUUCUAGUUCCAAGAUAUGCAGUAUGGUGCUUAUCAAGAGAGGGCCUGUAGUGGAGGCAGACAAGUCCUUCCCCUCACAGCUGAGGAUCAUGAACUUCAGCGAAGGUUCGCCAUACGAGACGCUCCAUUCCUAUGUCGCCAAUGCUGUAGCCCCAUUCUUCAAAUCCUACAUCAAAGAAACUGGAAAGGCUGAGAGGGAUGGUGAUAAAAUGGCCCCAACUGUUGAAAAGAAGAUUUCUGAGCUUGAAAUGGGCCUUCUUCACCUACAACAGAACAUAGACAUACCAGAGAUCACUUUACCUAUCCAUCAGGUGGUAUCAAGUGUCAUCAAAAAGUGUGCAGAAGAAAACAAAAAACCUAAGGUGGAGGACUUCGGGGACAAAGUGGAGGAUGCUCAAUUUCUCAAUGCUCUACAGAGCGGUGUCAAUCGUUGGAUUAGGGAAAUACAGAAGGUGACGAAGUUGGACCGAGAUCCAGCCUCAGGAACUGCUCUUCAGGAAAUCAGCUUCUGGCUCAAUCUAGAGCGAGCUCUACUCCGGAUCCAGGAAAAACGUGAAAGUCCAGAAAUUGUCCUUACUUUGGAGAUCCUCAAACAUGGGAAAAGAUUCCAUGCCACUGUUAGUUUUGACACAGAUACAGGACUUAAAACUGCUAUGGCCACUGUGAAUGAUUACAACCAGCUGAUGAAGGACUUCCCUCUGAAUGAUCUGCUGGCUGCAUCAGAGCUAGACAGGAUCAGAGUGUCGGUGCAGGCAAUUUUCCUUCACCUGAGAAAGAUCAGACCAACAAAAUACCCAAUCCAAAGAGCUCUGAGACUGGUGGAGGCAAUCUCUAGGGAUCUCAGCUCGCAGCUUUUAAAGGUGCUUGGAACUCGUCGCUUGAUGCACAUUGCAUAUGAUGAAUUUGAGAAAGUGAUGAAUGCAUGUUUUGAGGUGUUUGGGACAUGGGAUGAUGAGUAUGACCGGCUCCAGGGACUGCUGAGGGACCUGGUGAAGAAGAAGAGGGAUGAGCACCUGAGGAUGGUGUGGAGGGUAAACCCUGCUCACAAACGCCUCCAGGGAAGACUCGAACAGAUGAGGAAGUUCCGAAGGCAGCAUGAACAGUUGCGUCAAGUCAUCGUGCGUGUCCUCAGACCAGCAGUCAGCUCUUCUGCUGGACGGGCUACAACCCCGGGACAAGACGACGCAGAACCAAAAACCAUAGAACCCAUGGUUGACGAGGCAGCCGAUGCUAAUGCUAUUGAGGAGGUGAACCUAGCAUAUGAGAAUGUAAAGGAGGUAGACGGACUUGAUGUGUCUAAAGAAGGUUCUGAUGCCUGGGAGGCUGCCAUCAAAAGGUAUGAUGAGCGAAUUGACCGAGUGGAAACACAAAUUACAGCCCGUCUGAGAGAUCAGCUAGGAACAGCCAAGAAUGCUAAUGAAAUGUUCCGGAUCUUCUCGCGCUUCAAUGCCUUGUUUGUGCGACCACACAUUCGUGGGGCCAUCAGAGAGUAUCAGACCCAGCUCAUACAGAGAGUCAAAGAUGACAUUGAGUCUCUUCAUGAGAAGUUCAAGGUUCAGUAUGCCCAGAGUAAGGCCUGCCGUAUGAGUAAAGUCCGAGAUUUACCACAGGUGUCUGGCCGUAUCAUCUGGUCCCGACAGAUUGAGCGUCAACUGAACACCUACCUACGACGAGUAGAGGAUGUACUGGGGAAAGGCUGGGAGAACCAUGUGGAGGGGCAGAAACUCAAGGGUGAUGGUGACAGCUUUCGCAUGAAACUCAAUACAUCAGAUCUGUUUGAAGACUGGCAGAGAAAGGUCCAGCAGCGCCAACUGGUGGUCACUGGCAGAAUCUUUGUCAUCAUCAGUGUCAAGUCGAAGGUGAUGACUAAGGGCAACAUCCUUAAGCUUGGAGUCAACUUCCAGCCUGACGUCAUCAAUCUGUCGAAGGAGGUUCGCAACAUGAGGUGGCUCGGAUUCCGUGUUCCCCUUGCCAUCGUCAACAAAGCCCACCAGGCCAACCAACUGUAUCCCUUCGCUAUUUCCCUUAUAGAGAGUGUCCGCACCUACGAACAGACUCGAGAGAAGAUUGAUGAACGGGCCUCCAUCAUGUUGCUUGUAGCUGGUCUUCGCAAAGAGGUGCAGAACCUGGUCGCAGAGGGUGUACAACUGGUCUGGGAGUCUUACAAACUGGAUCCCUAUGUACAGAGGCUUGCUGACACUGGAUUUAACUUCCAGGAAAAGGUGGAUGACUUGGUGGCAAUGGAGGAAGAGAUUGAGCUGGAGGUGAAGGCCCUGGAGACAUGUGCCUACAGUAACGCCACUUUCUGUGAGAUCUUAGGCAAGAUUCAAAAGGCAGUAGACAACCUCAGUCUGCACGGCUUCUCCAAUCUACAGCAGUGGGUGGCCAAAUUAGACCAGCAGGUUGAGUCUAAGUUGGCUGCACGGCUGGAGGCAGGCUUAAAGGCAUGGACACAGUGCCUGAAGCAGAAUAAGGAGGACACCAUGGAUCACACCAUGGACACGGAUGCUCCACAACAAGUGGCCCAUAAACCGGGGGGUGACCCCAACAUCAAGGGUUUGAUCCAUGAGCUUAGAAUCACCAACCAACUGAUCUACGUGAAUCCGCCGAUAGAGGAGGCUCGUGUCAACAUAAUGCAGGAACUAUUUGGCUGGGAAGCCGUCAUCACAAGUCUGCCUCGCAUCAGGCACUCCAGGUACCAGGUUGGCCUUGAUGUGGAGUCCGAGUCAGAAACAACAUACCGUAAUGUACUGACCAAGCUUCCCAGUAGUCAGAUCAUUCUGGAGGAUGUUUAUCAAGCUAUAGAGGACACCAUGAAGGAAUUCUCUGGCUACGUCAAAGUGUGGUUGAGGUACCAGUCGCUGUGGGACCUGAACCCUGACGUGCUAUACAGCCGCCUUGGUAACAAGCUCAAAGUGUGGAUGGCUACCCUUGAGGAAAUCAAAGCCUCCAGGAAAACAUUUGAUACUUCUGACACUCAGAAAGAGAUUGGACCAAUUAUUGUACAGUAUGGUAAGGUACAGUCCAAGGUGAGUCUCAAGUAUGACUCCUGGCACAAAGAGGUCCUCAGCAAGUUUGGCUCACUCCUUGCCACAGAAAUGCAGGACUUCCAUGGAAUCGUCUCCAAGUCACGGACAGAAUUGGAGCAGCAGUCUAUAGACACGGCCAACACCUCGGAAGCUGUGUGUCUCAUCACUCAGGUCCAGGCUCUCAAACGCAAAAUGAAAACCUGGGAGAAGCAGGUGGAGAUGUACAAUGAAGGACAGAGGAUCCUGGAGCGACAGCGAUUCCAGUUCCCAACCAACUGGUUGUACAGUGACAACAUUGAGGGAGAGUGGAGUGCCUUUAAUGACAUCAUGAAGCGCAAGGACUCGUCCAUCCAGACACAAGUAGCUAGCCUCCAGAUGAAGAUCGUAUCUGAGGACAAAGUCGUGGAGAGCAAGACCGGCGACAUGCUACAGGAGUGGGACAAGGAGAAGCCUGUCGAUGGAGCAAUGCGUCCAGACAUGGCCACAAAAGCUCUGACGAUAUUUGAGGGUAAAUUCACUCGCUUGAAGGAGGAAAGGGACAAUGUUGCCAAGGCCAAGGAAGCACUGGAGCUGUCCGAGCCAGGUCAAAUGAGUCCCAGUGAGGAGCGUGUCCUGGUAGCUCUUGAGGAGUUACAAGACCUGAAGGGUGUAUGGUCUGAGCUGUCCAAGAUCUGGGAACAGAUAGAUGAGCUCAAGGACAAACCCUGGCUGUCUGUGCAGCCCAGAAAGAUUCGUCAGUCAUUGGAUGGGCUGUUGAACCAGUUGAAGGAUUUACCUGCCAGACUUAGGACGUAUGCCUCGUAUGAACAUGUCAAGAGGACUUUGCAGACUUACGCUAAGGUGAACAUGAUGAUUGUGGAGCUCAAGUCUGAGGCUCUGAAGGAACGUCACUGGAGACAACUGACCAAACGACUCAAUGUCCGCUGGGCAUUGUCAGAGCUGACUCUCGGACAGGUCUGGGAUGUGGACCUCAUCAGAAAUGAACCCAUCAUUAAGGAUGUGAUCCUGGUGGCUCAGGGAGAAAUGGCUCUUGAAGAGUUCCUCAAGCAGGUUAGCGAAGUUUGGAGAUCUUACGAGCUGGACCUGAUCAAUUAUCAAAACAAGUGUCGACUGAUCCGAGGCUGGGACGACCUUUUCACCAAGGUCAAGGAGCACAUCAACAGUGUGACUGCCAUGAAACUCUCACCCUACUAUAAGCAAUUUGAAGAAGAUGCUUUAGCCUGGGAGGACAAACUGAACCGCAUCAACGCUCUGUUUGAUGUGUGGAUUGAUGUGCAGAGGCGCUGGGUCUACCUGGAGGGAAUAUUCACAGGAAGUGCUGACAUCAAACAUCUGCUCCCUGUGGAGACAUCACGAUUCCAAGGCGUGAGUACUGAGUUCCUGGGUCUGAUGAAGAAAGUUUCAAAAUCUCCCCUUGUAAUGGAUGUUGUCAACAUCAAUAAUGUCCAGAGACAACUAGAGAGGCUGGCCGACCUGCUUGGCAAGAUCCAAAAGGCCCUAGGAGAGUACCUGGAGCGAGAGAGGGCAUCCUUCCCCAGGUUUUACUUUGUCGGUGAUGAAGAUUUACUGGAAAUCAUUGGAAACAGUAAGAAUGUGACCCGUUUACAGAAGCAUUUCAAGAAGAUGUUUGCGGGUGUUACUUCAAUCCUACUGAAUGAGGACAGUUCCCAGGUGGUCGGUCUGCUGUCCAAGGAGGGCGAGGAGGUACAAUUUGCCACCCCAGUAUCAAUUGCAGCCAACCCCAAAAUUAACGAGUGGCUGACACUGGUGGAGAAGGAGAUGAGGGUGACACUGGCCAAACUCCUAGCCUCCGCAGUCCAUGAUAUUGCUGCCUUCAAAACCGGCAACAUUGACCCCACCAAGUAUCUACAGUGGGUCGACACUUACCAGGCCCAGUUGGUGGUACUGGCGUCCCAGAUUGCCUGGUCUGAGAGUAUAGAUGCUGCCCUUGGUGCCAUUGCUGCACAAAAGAAUGUCGAGGACCUCAAACCAAUGAACAAUGUCCUACUAAUGGUGGAGUCCACUCUAAAUGUCCUCGCUGACUCGGUCCUUACAGAACAACCUCCAGUCCGAAGAAAGAAACUGGAACAUUUGAUCACAGAGCUGGUGCACCAGAGGGGUGUCACUCGGAACCUCAUCAAACAAAAGGUCAAUAACCCAAAAAACUUUGACUGGCUAUGUAAUAUGCGGUUUUACUUUGACCCGAAGAACACAGAGGUACUGCAGCAGCUAUCCAUUCAGAUGGCAAAUGCCAGAUUCAACUACGGCUUUGAGUACCUCGGGGUGCAGGACAAGCUGGUACAGACCCCACUUACUGACCGCUGUUACCUUACCAUGACACAGGCCCUGGAGGCCAGACUUGGUGGCUCACCAUUUGGACCUGCUGGUACUGGUAAGACAGAGUCUGUUAAGGCUCUUGGAAAUCAGCUUGGAAGAUUUGUACUGGUGUUCAACUGUGAUGAGACCUUUGACUUCCAGGCUAUGGGCCGUAUCUUUGUUGGUCUGUGCCAAGUGGGCGCCUGGGGAUGUUUUGAUGAGUUCAAUCGACUGGAGGAGAGGAUGUUGUCGGCCGUCUCCCAACAGAUCCAGACAAUCCAGGAAUCUCUGAAGGAACUGGCAACAAAAGGAAAACAAGUAUCCCAUAUUAUUGUGGAACUAAUUGGGAAACAAGUGAAGGUGAAUGCUGACAUGGCUGUGUUCAUCACCAUGAACCCUGGUUAUGCUGGCCGUUCAAACCUGCCUGAUAACCUCAAAAAACUGUUCCGUAGUUUAGCCAUGACCAAGCCAGAUCGUCAGCUCAUUGCCGAGGUGAUGCUCUACUCACAGGGUUUCAGGACAGCAGAGAAACUUGCCUGCAAGAUCGUUCCUUUCUUCAAGCUCUGUGAUGAGCAGCUGUCACCCCAAUCUCACUACGACUUUGGGCUGCGAGCCCUUAAGAGUGUCCUGGUUAGUGCAGGAAACGUCAAGAGAGAUCGCAUCACAUGUUUGAAACAAGGUUUGCUGGACCGUGGAGAACCUGUUGACGAGACAGUUAUUGCAGAGAACUUGCCAGAACAGGAGAUCCUGAUACAGAGUGUGAUGGAAACAAUGGUUCCUAAACUGGUGGCUGAAGAUAUCCCACUGCUCAACAGUCUGCUGUCUGACGUGUUUCCUGGGGUUGACUAUAACCCUGCUGGUAUGUCAAAUCUUCGCCAGGAAAUCAAACGUGUCUGCCAAGAGAUGUACCUUGUGUAUGGGGAGCAGGAUGAACAGGGUGCCCACUGGGUAGAUAAGGUGCUCCAGCUGUACCAGAUCACUCAGCUCCAUCAUGGCCUCAUGAUGGUUGGCCCGAGUGGUAGUGGCAAAUCUACUGCGUGGAAGGUCCUUCUCCGAGCACUGGAGCGUCUCGAGGCCACAGAGGGUGUUGUUCAUGUCAUAGAUCCAAAGUCCAUCUCCAAGCAGAUCCUGUAUGGUAGUCUGGACCCAAACACCAGGGAAUGGACAGAUGGUCUCUUCACACACAUUCUCAGAAAGAUCAUAGACAAUGUGAGAGGAGAAUUACAGAAGAGACAGUGGAUCAUCUUCGAUGGAGAUGUCGAUCCAGAAUGGGUGGAAAAUCUUAACUCUGUACUUGAUGACACCAAACUACUGACACUCCCUAACGGAGAACGACUGGCCAUUCCCCCUAAUGUGCGGAUCAUGUUUGAGGUACAGGACCUGAAGUACGCUACACUUGCCACUGUCAGUCGCUGUGGGAUGGUUUGGUUCAGUCAGGAUGUCCUGUCAACAGAAAUGCUGUUUGAGAACUACCUAUUACAGCUGAAGAACCUCCCAGUAGAGGAGGCUGAAGAUGAGGGCUUCAUGGGCCUGACCUCUAAGACUGAGGCCAAGGAUGAAACUCUCUCACCAAACAUGCAGGUUCAGAAUGACUGUGCGGCCAUCCUGGCACCCUUUUUCUCGUCCGAUGGGAUCAUUGUACGAUCCCUGGAGUAUGCCAGGGACCUAGACCAUGUGAUGGACUUUACGAGGAUGCGGGCCGUCACUUCACUCUUCUCCCUCCUCAACCAGGGCGUGAGGAAUGUUCUGACCUACAACCACAACCAUUCAGACUUCCCCAUGCCACAAGACCAGCUGGAAAAGUACAUCAGCAAGUACCUCAUCUACAGCUUGAUUUGGUCCAUGACCGGAGACGGACCACUCAAAAUGAGGAAGGACAUGGGCGAGUUCAUCCGCAGCUGUACCACUACCUCCCUUCCCACAGCCUCAUCUCAUCCCAUUGUGGACUAUGAGGUGUGUAUCACUGGUGAAUGGGUACCCUGGCAGUCCCGAGUGCCACAGGUGGAGGUGGAGACCCACAAGGUUGCCUCCCCUGACGUGGUCAUCCCAACCGUUGACACUGUCCGACAUGAGGCACUUCUCUUUACCUGGCUAGCAGAACAUAAGCCCCUUGUCCUGUGUGGGCCUCCUGGCUCCGGAAAAACCAUGACCUUGUUUAGCGCUCUGCGCUCACUGCCUGACAUGGAGGUUGUGGGUCUGAACUUCUCCAGUGCCACAACCCCUGAACUAUUGCUGAAGACUUUUGACCACUACUGUGAGUACAAGCGUACUCCUAAUGGUGUGGUCCUGUCUCCUGUCCAGAUGAACAAAUGGCUUGUCCUGUUCUGUGAUGAAAUCAACUUACCCAGCAUGGACAAAUAUGGUACCCAGCGAGUGAUAUCCUUCCUCAGACAAAUACUGGAGCAUGGUGGAUUCUUCCGCACAUCUGACCAGAGCUGGGUGAAGUUUGAGAGGAUCCAGUUUGUAGGAGCUUGUAACCCUCCAACCGACCCAGGCAGGAAACCCCUCUCUCACAGGUUCCUGCGUCAUGUACCAAUAGUGUAUGUGGACUACCCUGGAAAGCUGUCCCUGACCCAGAUCUACGGCACUUUUAACAGAGCCAUGCUGAGGUUGGUGCCAAGCCUCAAACCCUAUGCUGAGCCUCUAACCAACGCCAUGGUCGAGUUCUAUCUCUUGUCACAGGAACGAUUCACCCAGGACAUGCAGCCUCACUAUGUUUAUAGUCCUCGUGAGAUGACACGUUGGGUCCGAGGAAUCUGUGAGGCCCUGCGGCCCCUGGAUAACCUUUCUGUAGAGGGCCUGGUUCGGAUCUGGGCCCACGAGGCGCUACGGCUCUUCCAGGACAGAUUGAUCGAGGACGAGGAACGGAAGUGGACUGAUGUCAAUGUAGACAUGGUGGCUCUGAAACACUUCACCAACAUCGACCGUGAAACUGCACUAGCACGGCCGAUCCUCUACAGUAACUGGAUGUCAAAGGAUUAUGUACCAAUAGACAGAGAGGAACUGAGGGAAUACACCAAGGCUAGACUCAAGGUCUUUUACGAGGAGGAGUUGGAUGUACCCCUUGUACUCUUUGACGAGGUAUUGGACCAUGUUCUUAGGAUCGACAGAAUAUUCCGUCAACCUCAAGGUCACGUCCUACUGAUUGGGGUCAGUGGAGCAGGAAAGACAACUCUCUCGAGAUUUGUGGCAUGGAUGAAUGGCCUCAGUACAUAUCAAAUCAAGGUGCACAACAAGUACACAGCAAUGGACUUUGACGAGGACCUGAGGAUUGUGCUGCGUAGAUCGGGUUGUAAGGAUGAAAAGAUAGCUUUCAUUAUGGACGAGUCCAAUGUACUGGACUCCAGCUUCCUGGAGAGAAUGAACACUCUGCUAGCCAACGGAGAGGUUCCCGGUCUAUUUGAGGGGGAUGAGUACACAACCCUGAUGACCCAGUGUAAGGAGGGGGCCCAGAGGGAAGGACUCAUGCUAGACUCGGGAGAGGAACUGUACAAGUGGUUCACAGGACAGGUUAUGAGGAAUCUCCAUGUGGUGUUCACCAUGAAUCCAUCAGCAGAAGGUCUGAAGGACAAGUCAGCUACCUCCCCUGCUCUCUUCAACAGGUGUGUUUUGAAUUGGUUUGGAGAUUGGUCCAAUGGAGCUUUGUUCCAUGUGGGGAAAGAGUUUACCAACAAGAUUGACUUGGAGNUAAUGUAAUACAUUCCCCCUGACUACCUGCCUGCUGCCUAUGAGGGUCUGUCUGCAAGGCCGUCCCACAGAGAGGUUGUUACCAACGCCUUCGUCCACGUCCACCAGUCGCUGCACCAAGCCAACACCCGUGUAGCCAAGCGAGGCGGGCGCUGUAUGGCAAUCACACCCAGACACUACCUUGACUUCAUUAACCACUUCGCUAAACUGUACAAUGAGAAACGAUCCGACCUAGAGGAGCAGCAACUUCAUCUGAACAUCGGUCUACAGAAAAUCCGAGAGACAGUCGACCAGGUGGAAGAGCUGCAGAAAUCUCUCUCAGUCAAACGUAUUGAGCUAGAGGAGAAAAACGCUGCAGCUAAUGCCAAACUCAAACAAAUGGUCAAAGAUCAGCAGGAAGCAGAGAGAAAAAAAAUGACAUCGCAGGAAAUCCAGGUGGCACUUAUUGAGCAGACGAAGAUAAUUGGAGAGAAAUCAGCAAGCGUAAAAGCUGAUUUAGCUGGGGUAGAGCCAGCCGUUAUAGAGGCACAGCAAGCUGUGAAGGGAAUAAAAAAGAAGGACCUAGUGGAGAUCAGGACCAUGUCAAACCCCCCACCUCCUGUCAAGUUAGCUCUGGAGGCUAUCUGUCUCCUCAUCGGGGAAAGCGCCUCUGACUGGCGUACCAUCAGAACUGCAAUUGUCAAAGACAACUUCAUCUCCAACAUUGUUAAAAUGCAUAGUGAGGACAUCAAGUAAGUAGGUCAAGUUCAUCCUGUGUGCCUAGGUAAGUGGACUACCCUCCAAUCCUUUGUACCUACCUAAUCUGAUGAGAGGUCACACAGGUUAUCUAGAGGUUGUUUUAAUUAGGUCAAGUUCAUCCUGUGUGCCUAGCUAAACUACGCAGACAUCCUGAAGAAAGUAGAGCCACUGAGGAAUGAGUUACAAGGACUGGAGGACCAAGCUGAGGAAAACCGACUCAAAGGUGACGAGGUCAACAAGCUUAUUGGUGAGCUUGAGCGCAGCAUUGCCAAGUACAAGGAAGAGUAUGCUGUCCUCAUCUCUCAGGCUCAGGCCAUCAAGUCUUCCCUGUCCUCUGUACAGGCCAAGGUGGAGAGAAGCGUUGCCUUACUCGACAGUCUUGGAAACGAGAAACAGCGUUGGGAGGCCGGUAGUGAGACCUUCAAGAGUCAGAUGGCCACUAUUAUUGGUGACGUACUACUGUCUUCUGCUUUCAUGGCCUAUGCUGGUUACUUUGACCAGCAGAUGAGGAGGAAUCUAUUUACCAGCUGGUCAUCCCACCUCCAACAGGCACACAUCCAGUUCAGGUCAGAUCUGGCUCGAGUGGAGUACCUGUGUAAUGCUGAUGAGAGACUGAGGUGGCAGGCGAAUACCUUGCCAGCCGAUGACUUGUGCGCAGAGAACGCCAUCAUGCUGAAGCGAUUUAACCGUUACCCACUCAUCAUUGACCCGUCUGGUCAAGCCACAGAGUUUAUCAUGAAUGAAUACAAGGACAAGAAAGUCACUAAGACCAGUUUCCUAGAUGAUGCCUUUAGGAAGAACCUGGAGAGUGCACUCAGGUUUGGUAACCCAUUGCUUGUUCAGGAUGUGGAGAGCUAUGACCCUAUCCUGAACCCCGUUCUGAACCGUGAGCUGCGGAGGACAGGUGGGCGUGUCCUCAUAACCCUAGGGGACCAGGACAUUGAUUUGUCACCAUCCUUCACCAUCUUCCUCUCCACUCGGGAUCCCAAUGUGGAUUUCUCUCCUGACCUUUGCUCUCGAGUAACCUUUGUGAACUUCACGGUAACCAGGGGCAGUCUACAGGAUCAAUGCCUGAACCAGGUGUUGAAAGCAGAAAGGCCUGAUGUGGAUGCCAAGAGGUCGGACUUGCUCAAGUUACAGGGUGAAUUCCAACUGCGUCUCCGACAACUGGAGAAAUCUCUUCUGGGAGCCCUGAAUGAGUCUAAAGGCCGUAUCCUUGACAACGACAGCAUCAUCACUCACCUAGAGACUCUGAAGACUGAGGCAGCAGAGGUGGCUAAGAAAGUGGAGGAGACGGACAUUGUGAUGGCCGAGGUUGAGGCUGUGUCACAGGAGUAUGUGCCCCUGGCCAUGUCCUGUAGUGGUAUCUACUUCGCUCUAGAGGGACUUCAACAGGUCCACUUCCUGUACCAGUACUCACUGCAGUUCUUCCUGGAGAUUUUCCACUCUGUACUAAGCAGUGACAAUCUGAGGGGAAUGAAGGAGUACAAUGCUCGCCUCUCUUCGAUCACAAACAACAUCUUCACGGAGACGUUUGGGAGAGUUGGGCGUGGCAUGCUCUACCAAGACAGGAUCACAUUCGCCAUACAGAUGUGUAGGAUCUUCCUCAAGGGACUCAAAGGUGAGAACACCUAUGAAGAUGAGUUCAACUAUUUCCUGAGAAAUCAAGAAGCUGUGUUAACAGAAAAACCUGUGUCAACCAUCCAGGGCCUCACUGCACAACAGCAAGCCUCCAUGUUGCGACUGUCUAAGGUGAGGGCCUUCAAGUCCCUGGAGCAGGAAGUUAAAGGAAAUGGUGAAUUCCAUGCCUGGCUGGAGAGUAACACCCCAGAGGUGAAUAUUCCGACACUGUGGGACGACAGCAGACCUCUCAGUCCUAUUGGGAAGGCAGUCCAUGGACUUCUGGCAAUCCAGGCAUUCCGACCAGACAGACUGAUUGCUAUGUCUCGUGUGUUUGUUGAGAAAGUACUCACUUCCAACUUCAUGCACUGUGCUGAGAAGGAACUCAAUCUGGCAGAGAUUGUCGAACAGGAGAUAAAGGCCAGUACGCCUGUCCUCAUGUGUUCUGUGCCGGGAUACGAUGCAAGUGGGCGUGUAGAUGACUUGGCCACAGAGCUCAGCAAGCAGAUCACCUCUAUUGCCAUGGGAUCAGCAGAGGGCUUCACACUGGCAGAGAAAGUUAUCAACUCUUCCAGCAAGUCUGGGCGUUGGGUGAUGCUGAAGAACGUGCACCUGGCCCCCUCAUGGCUCGUACAACUGGAGAAAAAGCUCCAUAACCUCACCCCACACCCAAACUUCAGACUGUUUCUUACCAUGGAGAUUAAUCCCAAGCUGCCGACUAACUUGUUGCGUGCGGGUCGUGUGUUUGUGUUUGAGCCGCCACCAGGUGUCUCUGCCAACCUUCUUCGUACCUUUAACACUGUACCAGCCUCCAGGAUGUGUAAGACUCCUAAUGAGCGGUCCCGCUUAUACUUCCUGCUUGCCUGGCUUCAUGCUAUCGUCCAGGAGAGGAUGAGAUACACACCUCUUGGCUGGGCUAAAAAGUAUGAGUUCACAGAGUCUGACCUCAGAGUCGCUUGUGACAUGCUGGACACCUGGAUUGACUCGGUUGCUAUGGGACGUACCAACCUGCCACCUAACAAGGUUCCAUGGGAUGCUAUCAAGACCCUCCUGUCACAGUGUAUCUACGGAGGCAAGAUUGACAACGAAUUUGACCAGCGCCUGUUGACCACAUUCAUCGACAAGCUGUUCUCACCUAAGAGUUUUGAGGCAGAUUUCAAUCUGGUCAGUAAUGUAGAUGGCCACGGCAAGAAGAUCAGCAUGCCAGAUGGUGUUCAGCGUGAACAGUUUGUACAGUUUGCUGAACUGUUGGAGGGUGAUAGACAAACUCCUGCCUGGCUUGGUCUGCCCAACAAUGCUGAGAAGGUCCUUCUCACCAACCAUGGCUCUGCAAUGAUUGCCAAGCUCCUCAAGAUGGAAGUACUGGAGGUUGAUGACGAUGAGCUGGCAUAUGGAGGAACACCAGAGGAUGAACAAAAACGUCUGACUGAUGGCCGCCCAGCCUGGAUGAGGACGCUCUUCUCCUCCGUGUCUACCUGGCUUAACUUGAUACCAAAGGACCCCGAAGAGCUGCUGACGCUGGGCUCCAUGAAGAGGACCUUUGACAACAUCCGUGACCCACUGUUCCGUUUCUUUGAGCGUGAGGUGAACGCAGGAGCAACCCUUCUGAUGGACAUUCGCCAGGACCUAAACGAUGUGUCAAUGAUUUGUCAGGGAGAGAAGAAACCAACCAAUCACCACAGGGCUAUGAUGGCAGACUUAGCUAAAGGAAUUAUCCCACAGACAUGGCACCGCUACACUGUGCCGUCUGGAAUCACCGUCAUACAGUGGAUCACUGACUUCUCCCUUCGUGUCAAACAACUGCAACAGAUCGUGGUCACUACCCAGCAGGGCGGGGCCAAGGAUCUCAAGAACCUGAAUGUUUGGUUGGGAGGCCUGUUUAUUCCUGAGGCUUACAUCACUGCCACACGUCAGUACGUAGCCCAGGCCAACAGCUGGUCACUGGAGGAACUUUAUCUAGAGGUGAAGGUAGUGGAUGGAAAGGGUACAGCCUCUAUUGACCCCUGCAGCUUCGCCAUCACAGGCCUGAGACUCCAGGGCGCGGUGUGUAAGAAGAACAAGCUACAACUGUCUACCACCAUAUCCACCGACCUACCGGUCACUCUGCUCUGCUGGAUCAGGUUGGAUGGUGCUAAGAAGGAAGGGAAGGUAACUCUACCUGUGUAUCUGAACGCUACCAGAGGACAGCUCCUGUUUACCCUGGACUUUGACACAGAGGGCGAAGGAUCGGGAGAGGGACACAGCUUCUAUGAAAGGGGUGUGGCUAUGAUCUCCUCUGACCUGGGAUAGAGGAGGAGAGCUGAGACUUAUCUCCCUUAUUGGGUCAAAGCUACAGACUUUACAUCAAUCUUAUUCUUGUGUGGACAAUACAAGUUUGAUACUUGAGAGAAGAAAUUAAUAAGCAGACACAUUAUUUGUUCUCAGUAUGAUAGAUGAACUUAAAUUAUACACAGAUUAUAAUGUACUGGUGUUGUAUGGUGAUAGGUAAAUUUUUAAUAUUUUACACAGGUAAUAUGUCCAGGUGUUGUGUUGUAAUAAAUAGCCUGUGUGUAGUUAUGAAAAUUAUAUAAGAUAUUCCUGCAUCCUGCGUGAAAUACAGAAUACAGGCUCCAAUGUCGACGAUGAUGACACAAGUGAGACGAUAUGUGUGUGUGCCAAGGUGAUAGUAACCAAACACUUUGGACCACAUUAGAAAUGACUGACUAACAGUGUUGAACUCCUGUGAGCGUGGCCCACCUCAGUAGUGUGUUGGGUAAUAAGACAUUGCUGAUAUUUCUCUAGCAUGAUUGAGUCUUUUAAGAGCCAAACCUUGGUAUUUAACUUGAUGUUCAUACUGCCCAGGUGGGUCUGUGUUUGGAGGAGGUCAGCACCCUAGACUAUAUAGACUACUAGUGCUUAGAGUGACCCAGUUAUCUCCCCUUAGUCCUUCAGUGUUGUAUCUCAAUAUCAAACGAACCACAAGUCCUUUCUUGGUAUCGGAGCAUUUCUCUAAUCCAUCAUUGUUGUUCCUGAGUACAAAGGACACAUUUUCUAGUACUUUUCUGAUAAUGUCAGGCUUAUUGGGUGUUGAUUAUUUUUUAACCGUUUUAAAAAAUUCAAAAUUAUGUCAAGCUUUUGGUUUUUGAUAAAUUGGAAUAUAAACAAACUUCUCCCAACAGUGGUAUUGUGCAAAUUAAAAAAUUCUCUUCUACAAAA